UAAUUGUUGUGAUAAACUUAUUAAAUAGAAGCACAAUGACCUGAGGCUCUUUCACUUCAGCGAGUCAAUAAACAAUCUUGUGUUUGCAUGAGCGCUGAGAAGCCGUUCCGACUGAGAGCAGGAUGCGUCUGUCUUAAAGAGCCCAAUUCUUAUGAGAUACUACUGGUUCAGAGUCUGAAGAGUCGCUGCUCUUGGGCGAUACCCGGAGGAGGAUGGGAGAGAGGAGAGUCCAUUAUUCACUGCGCCAGGAGGGAGUUAAUGGAGGAGGCAGGUGCCACUCUUAACAUCACCACUUGCUUCGGAGCUUUUAAAAGGGGAAGCAAAGUCACUGUGAUGUUCGAAGGAAAUGUAAUUGACUGCUUGGAGGAAUGGCCUGAAAAGUCAAAGCGUGGUAGGAGAUGGGCCAAUAUUAAUGACGCGAAAAGUUUACUUAAGUCAGAGUAUGAAGUAUCAUUGUUGGACAUAUACACACAGAUGCGGAGAGGAGAAACAUAUUCAGGCUCGAUUAUCACAAUUGAAGAUAAGAAAUGUCCUGCCGAGAGUUCAAAUGAAGACCCACUAUUUCCAUCAAACGUCUCAGGCCGACUGACUUUGUACAGCUUUGAAACAACUCCUGCUGGAAGAAGUGAAAAGGAAUCAAACAAAGAGACGAUACCUGCGAGUAUGAAGGAGAUUGAUACAUUUCCUAUAAAAAGCCUAACAAAUCAGACGUUUUAUGAUAAAGUCAAAAAAUUAUCAAAGCAAUCUAAAAAUAAGUAGUCCGAAAUUAGUUAAA